UAGAAUAUAAUAUAAACCGCAUAAUAUAACGCCUUUUCAUAGCUUGGUUUCAAAAUGUUGGUUCGAGUAAAAGGCAGCGGCAAUUCAAGGCCCAAAGUGGGGCAGCGAACCGCCGAGACAAGCCCGGUUCAUUAGUCUCAGCCGCCAUUAAUUUGCUUGCUGAACUUUUUUUUCCUGAAUUUUUUGAUAGCCAAACGCCGAAGGGAGACUAUAUAUUGAACUAGUUGGGAAAUUCCAGUCUCUGGGAAGCUCAAUUUGAUGAUGUUGUCGAAAGCUGAAGCUAGGAAGAAGAAUGGUGGGAAUUCGAGUAAUGGGAAGUUAUUGAAUGAAAUUGAAACUAUGAGCAAAGCUUUGUAUUUAGACAAGAACCGUUCAAGCAAUUCAUUUUCCGCUUUUAAUUCUCGGUCUAAACCAACCCGGAAAACCAAUUUGCCGGAACCGAAAUCAACCGUGAAAAAUAGUAAUGAGGACCCUCUGCUUAAAGAGAAGAAAUCUGUUUGGAAUUGGAAGCCUUUGAAAGUGUUUUCAAAUGUUCGGAACCGGAGGUUUAAUUGUUGUUUCUCACUUGAAGUACACUCCAUUGAGUGUUUACCAGUAAGUUUUAAUGAUCUUAGUCUAUUUGUGCAUUGGAAGAGGCGGGAUGGGGAUCUAACAACUCGUCCUUCUAAAGUUUUUAAUGGAACUGUGGAAUUCAGAGAGAAGUUGACGCAUACGUGUUCCAUAUAUGGUGUUCGAAGUGGCCUUUCGGCCAAGUAUGAGGCUAAGCAUUCCAUGCUUUUUGCAUCUGUGUUGGGAACACCAGACUUUGAUUUGGGGAAGCAUCGAGUUGACCUUACGCGGUUACUUCCACUUACAUUGGAAGAAUUAGAGGAAGAGAAGAGUACGGGGAAGUGGACGACAAGUUUUAAGUUAUCAGGGAAGGCCAAAGGUGCUACCAUGAAUGUUAGUUUUGGUUAUAUGGUUGUUGGGGAUAAUUCUGUGCUGCUCAAAAAUAAUCAGCAUCGUGCUGAGUUAUCACAUAUAAAGCAGAAUAAUCAGAGUACAGGAAAAGCCGUUGCUGGAUUUGAUCACGUUGACCUGGUCACAACGAGGUGUGUUGAGAGUCUUCCCAGUUUAGUUAACACCAGGCCUUUUGGCUCAUCUCCCGUUGUGGAAGAGAUAAAAGAUCUUCAUGAAGUUUUGUCUGUGCCAAAGUCAGAGCUCUAUGUUAAAAACACAGUAGACCAGAAGCUUGAUGAAGAAAAGCCUGAUGCUUCUGCUUCUUCCAAGCCUGAACCUGAUGUGUUAAAUGAACAUUUUGUGCCCAUCAGACCUCCAGCUUCCCUUGCAUCUGAAUCAAUUAACGAAUAUAUUGAAAAAGAAAAUGAAGAUAAUGACUUCUCUGUUGACAAAAAAGGGAUAGAGUUGUCUUCAGAAGAACAAGCUAGGUCGGAGGAAGUUACCUUCGUGGCUACUUUAGAAAACCCUCAAGUUGUUGAAAUUAAUCCUGGCAUGGGAGUAAAUUUUGAAGAAUGUUCUCAGCUUCAUCCCUCUAAUCAAGGAGAGGCUAGGUUGGAGGAAGGUACCCUCGUGGCUACUUUAUCAACCGUAGAAAACCCUCAAGUUGUUGAAAUUAAUCCUGGCGUGGGAGAAAAUUUUGAAGAAUGUUCUCAGCUUCAUCCCUCUAAUCAAGGAGAGGCUAGGUCGGAGGAAGUUUCCCUUGCGGCUACUUUAUCAACCGUAGAAACCCCACAAGUUGAUGAAAUUAAUCCUGGCGUGGGAGAAAAUUUUGAAGAAUGUUCUCAGCUUCAUCCCUCUAAUCAAGGAGAGGCUAGGUCGGAGGAAGUUUCCCUUGCGGCUACUUUAUCAACCGUAGAAACCCCACAAGUUGAUGAAAUUAAUCCUGGUGUGGGAGAAAAUUUUGAAGAAUGUUCUCAGCUUCAUAUCUCUAAUCAAGGAGAUAUGCUCGUGGUGCAAGAUCGCAGUUCCGAAGAGGAUGAACAGUGCUCAAAUGAAUCGCUGAUGAGAGAAUUGGAUUUAGCUUUAGAUGGUGUUACAAAUUUGGGGGAAGCAUUAGCUUCUUCUCCUGGCCUUGAAGAUCCAGAGGACUACAUGGAUAAUAAAGGUGAUUAUAAGGCGAAAUCACUUGGCUUGGAUGAAGCUACUGAAUCUGUCGCAACUGAUUUCUUGAAUAUGCUCGGUAUUGAUCAUAGUCUACUUGGCUUGAGUUCUGAGAGUGAACCUGAGUCACCAAGGGAGCGUUUAUUAAGGCAAUUUGAGAAGGAUACCCUAGCCAGCGGUUGCUCAUUAUUUGAUUUUGACAUGGCUGAUGAAGAGGAACUAGAAUGUGGUUUCGACACCUCAACUGCAUCUGGUUGGGGGAGCUUGACCGAGAGUUUUGAUUUAUCAUCUUUUAUCCAAGAUGCUGAGCAAGAAUAUCAGAAGGAAACUGGUGGGAGGAAUAAAACGAGAGCUAAAGUGUUGGAAGACUUGGAGUCUGAAGCGUUAAUGCGUGAGUGGGGAUUGAAUGAGAAGGCUUUUCAGCAAUCUCGAUCUGGGUCUUCUGUUGGGUUUGGGAGUCCAGGAGAUUUGCCUCCUGAAGAUCCACUUGAACUGCCUCCUCUCGGAGAUGGUUUAGGUCCAUUUCUUCAGACAAAGAACGGAGGAUUUUUGCGAUCUAUGAAUCCCUCACUUUUCCGGGAUGCUAAAAGUGGUGGGAACCUGAUCAUGCAGGUGUCUAAUCCGGUUGUAGUACCUGCAGAAAUGGGUUCUGGUAUAAUGGAUAUACUUCAGCAACUGGCCUCAGUUGGGAUUGAGAAGCUCUCUAUGCAGGCAAAUAAGUUGAUGCCUUUGGAGGAUAUUACCGGUAAAACUAUGGAACAAGUUGCAUGGGAAGCUGCUCCUGCUCUGGAGGGACCGGAGAGGCAAUGUUCGUUGCAGCAUGACUUUGAAGUUGGGGAAGAUAUGUCUAGCAGGCAAAAGAAAGUUAAAAGAAGAUCAACUCGACCCAGCUCUAGCGAUCUUAAUUCAACCUCUGUCAAUGAGAUGGGGUCAGAUUAUGUAGCCCUUGAAGAUCUUGCUCCAUUGGCAAUGGAUAAGAUUGAAGCUCUCUCAAUGGAAGGGUUGAGAAUUCAGUCAGGCAUGUCAGAUGAGGAUGCACCUUCAAACAUCAGUGCACGGUCUUUUGGGGAAAUUUCAGCCCUUCAAGGCAAGGGGUUUGGUAUUAGUGGGUCCCUUGGUCUGGAUGGAACUGCCGGGUUGCAAUUGUUGGAUAUAAAAGACAGCGGUGAUAAUGUCGAUGGAUUAAUGGGUCUGUCACUAACUCUUGAUGAAUGGAUGAGACUUGAUUCCGGGGAUAUUGACGAUGAAGAUCAAAUAAGCGAGCGAACUUCUAAAAUCCUUGCUGCUCAUCAUGCUACAUCAUUGGACUCAAUUCGCAGAGGGUCAAAGGGAGAGAAAAAACGGGGUAAAAAGUGUGGUUUGUUAGGGAAUAACUUCACAGUGGCAUUGAUGGUGCAACUUCGCGAUACCAUGAGAAACUACGAGCCAGUUGGUGCACCAAUGCUUGCUCUUAUUCAAGUGGAGAGAGUGUUUGUCCCACCAAAACCAAAGAUAUAUGCUACUGUUUCGGCUUUGAGCAACGACAAUCAAGAUGAUGAUGACUCGGAGGCCGCCACCAAAGAGAAGGUGAAACCUGAGGAGAUGAAAGAAGAAAAAGCUUCCCAAGAGGAAGGUAUUCCUCAAUACAGAAUCACCGAUGUUCAUGUUGCAGGUUUGAAGACCGAGCCCAGCAAGAAAAAACUUUGGGGUAGCACGACCCAACAACAAUCCGGUUCUCGAUGGUUGCUGGCCAAUGGAAUGGGAAAGAGCAAUAAGCAUCCAUUAUUGAAAUCCAAGCCUGGUUUUAAAUCUUCAACCCCCUCAACAACAAAGGUUCAACCAGGUGACACUUUGUGGAGCAUCUCGUCUCGUAUUCACGGUACCGGGGCUAAAUGGAAAGAAUUGGCAGCCCUUAAUCCUCAUAUUCGAAACCCUAACGUUAUAUUACCCAAUGAAACUAUCAGAUAUCGAUAAGUAGUAUAUGCAUUGGAAUCUGCUUUGAGAUUAUUACAGUGUUGAUGAGUUCUGCUUGCAGAGAUUUUUCGUGCAUUUUGUUUGAAUGUAUCCAUUCGUGCAACUCAAAAAGUCAAAAACAAAGCAAAGAUAAGCUUUACAUUUUCCUCUCUCUUUUCUAAAUAUAGUCUCAUUUGAAAA